UGUGAAGUUGGGAGCUCUUCCGGAUUUCCAAAUGCUUUAUUUCACGCGCGAUAUCUGAGUAAGCGAUUAAUUCCUCAUGUUUUCUGUUAGAUCUGGUUGGCGCCCUAGUCAGGCAGUGAAAUUAGAAGCAGGUAAGUGAUUUCCCGUCACGGCCAUCGCCGACUAUGGUGGCAUUUCCCAAGUUAAAGAUACAGCGUUUACCACUUAUACUCAUCGUCACUACGAGGUUUAAGGGCUGGGCAAUUUGCUUCGCGUCUCAUUUAGAGAAGUUCUACCACACUAAGAACACUAACUACAAGUUGAAAACUUCGGCACUUGUGAUUAUUGCUUGUACUUCUGUGACAGCGAAUGAAGGCACUCUUGUGGGGAUAUGGAAAGAGCACCAAACCAGCCAUGAUAUUGAUGCAAAAUGAUAAGAUAUUCAAUUGGCCCCAUUUGUAUACGAGAGUCGGCGUCUUUGUUGCCUAAAGAACGAGAAAGUUCCCUUAAUUUGCUACUUAAGCUCUAUCGCACUUCGUGUCAGGGGGUUUGAGUCGUG